GCGAAUUUUGAGCUCAAUUAUUUUUCCUUCACCGAACCGAUUCCGUAUCGCUAAUCGGUUCAAUGAUUCUAUCUGCAGAUUGCUCUUCGUCUGAUUCGGUUCAAAAUUUUGCCAGACUCAAAGCCGAUUCUCUCAUGCCUGGAUCGAGGAGUCAGAUAAUAACGAACAUGAGAAGUGCGUUUACAUCGGCAUGCCAUUCAUACAUUUUCAGGGAAGAGAAGCAAGUUUCUAAAGGUUUGGUUUUUACAUUAUUCUUCUCACUAUCGGAAUGCCAUUAGAUAGCAGAGAUUGGUUACUGGAUAUGCAAUUAGUCUUUUUUGAUGCAUUAUUAGUUGCAAAACAAGUUUUACAGUAAACUGUUGCUUUGUCUACUAGGGAAGAAAUUAAGCAUAGAGUGGAUAAGGAAACAGUAAUGUGGGCUGCUUUAGUCUUUACUUUGAAAUUGGAUUCUUGAUAAGAGAAAUCUGUUUUGUAAUUUGCCUCUUCACUUUGGGAAAGAACGGCAACAAUGAUCAUAGUUUGGCUUUUUAUUUCUUUUUGGAUAACAGAGAUUGCUUACUAGAUAUGUAAUUAGUCUUAUUGGAUGCACUAUUAGUUAGAAAACAAGUUCUCCAAUAAACUGUUGCUAGGGAAGAAAUAAAGCAUAGAGUAGACGAGGAAACAAUGUAGAUGUGCAGAUUAGUCCAAGAUUUGAGCAUCUAAAUUCAAAACAUCUAAUCAUAGUCUCAUAUACUUUUUUCUCCAUACUUAUCUAGAGUGUUGCUAGGUACUUUAAAUUGAGACCUCUUGUUCCCAAGAAAUAGAUAAAUUUUCAUAGUGCUAUGUAAAAAACAGCCAUGACUGAUUCUUGAUAAGAGAAUUCCGUUUUGUAAUUUGCCUCUUCACUUUGAGAAAGAACGGCAACAAUGAUCAUGUUUGGCUUUCAAAACUGCUUCAUCUUUACCAUCCUCUGCUUCUUCUCACUCCUCUGUUACUAUUUCUUUUUCAAGAAACCAAGCGGCUCAAAAUGUGGCUUUGAUCUGCCUCCGAGCCCUCCUUCUCUCCCAAUCAUCGGUCAUCUUCACCUUCUCCUCUCUACUCCUACCCACAAGUCUCUUCAGAAACUCUCAGCCAAGUAUGGACCACUCCUCCAUCUCCGCUUCUUCAGUGUCCCCAUGGUCCUCGUCUCCUCAGCCUCUGUGGCCUACGAGAUCUUUAGGACGCACGACGCGAGCAUCUCUUCUCGUGGUCCUCCUCCUAUGGAAGAUUCUCUCUUUGCCGGAUCUUCAAGCUUCAUCUCCUCUUCCUAUGGAGAUCACUGGAAGUUCAUGAAGAAGCUUCUCGUCACAAAGCUGCUCGGACCACAGGCACUCGAGCGGUCAAGAGGCGUUCGUGCAGGUGAGCUAGAGCGGUUUUAUACAAGGCUGCUCGAUAAGGCGGCGAAGGAGGAGCACGUCGAGAUCAUUAACGAAGCGAUAAAGCUCAGCAACAACAGCAUAUGCAAGAUGACCAUGGGGAGGAGCUGUUCAGAGGAUAACGGUGAGGCAGAGAGAGUCAGAGCCGUGGCUAGCGACUCGCUUGCCUUGGGAAAGAAGAUUGUGUUGGGAUCCGUGUUGCGCGGACCGUUCAAGAAGCUUGUAAUGUUACUUCUUAAAAAGGAGAUGAUGUUUGUUUCCAACAGAUUCGAUGAGCUGCUCGAAAAGAUUCUUGUUGAGCAUGAAGAGAAACAGGACGGGAUUCACGGAACGGACUUGAUGGAAGCGUUGUUGGAAGCUUAUGGAGACGAUAACGCAGAGUACAAGAUCACUAGGAACCAUAUCAAGACGUUGCUCGCGGAUAUUUUAUUUGCAGGUACGGAUACAUCGGCGCAAGCAACACAGUGGGCAAUGGCUGAGCUCGUUAACAACCCCAACGUUCUUGAGACGCUGAGAGAAGAAAUCGAUUCGGUUGUGGGGAAAACAAGACUGAUACAAGAAACAGACCUACCAAAUCUGCCUUAUCUGCAAGCUGUGGUUAAGGAAGUACUAAGACUGCACUCGCCUGGAACCGUCUUUGGAAGAAUCUCCCAAGAAGGGUUUAGGAUGGGAAGGUUUUACAUACCGGAGGAGACAUCAUUUGCUGUUAAUGUUUAUGCUGUGAUGAGAGAUCCUCAUUACUGGGAAGAUCCUGAUGAGUUUAAGCCAGAGAGGUUUCUUCUAGAUUCUUCAAGAACAGGGGAGGAGCAAGAGAGAAGAGAGCAAGCUAUUAAGUAUAUUCCUUUCGGGAGUGGAAGGAGAGGCUGUCCUGGAGUAAAUCUGGCUUAUGUCUUUCUUGGAACAGCGGUCGGGAUGAUGGUGCAGGGAUUUGAGUGGAGGAUCAAAGGAGAUGGUAAUAAUAAGGUUAGCAUGGAAGAGGCUGUUGUAGGACUGAGUUUGACUAUGGCUCAUCCUCCUAAGUUCACUCCUGUUGCUCGAACCACAAUCCCUUUAACUUCGAAUCGUAGCUCGUGAGUUACAAGUGUAAUCAAAGUGGUCCGUAAGGUUUUGUUCAAGUAAUAAGGAAGCUUUGCAUUUUUAUGUUUCCGUGUGCCCAAGUCUUCCAAGUUUUGUUUCGGUUUAUUGUGUGAAACCGUAAACAACAUUAUGUAUUUUAUCGGUUUAGUGCGGUUUAAUUUAAUAUGGUUUAUAUUGUACUGAUUACUGAAAUACAAGGAAGAACACUUUGUUGUUGUAACUUGUAAUAUCCGUCAAUUCUCGUUUUGUUUUUGUUUUUUUUGGGUUUCAAACAUUUUUAACUAUUGAUCCUCGAUCAGCUGUUUCCUCCGAUUCGAUUCCGUAUGUGGAAGCUGAAGACCGCCGAGGGAAGUAGUCCAUGGCUGAGAACCACGAAUAAUCACGUCGGAAGGCAGUUUUGGGAGUUUGAUCCGAAGCUUCGGACUCCACAGGAGCUCGCUGACAUCGAGGAGGCGAGAAAGUCCUUUACAGAGAACCGAUUCGUGAAGAAACACAGCUCCGAUCUGCUUAUGCGCCUUCAGACAAUCUAUUCUCCCUUCGUUUUUCUUUCUGGGGUCAUGAAUUUUGAGGAACUUGUGUAGAGACCAUCGUUUUUGGUCACUGACACUUAGGAAUGCGUUACGAGAGAGAGAGAGAGAGAGAGAGAGAGAGAGAGAGAGAGAGAGCGAGUUCAUCGUUUUCUCAUAUCACUGACUAGUUUAAGCAUGAACAGUUUAACUUUUUGCUACAAUUCUGUGAAGGCUUCUCUUUACUUUCAUUGUUUAAGUAGUUUGUAGUCUCUUUUGGCCCAAGUCCAUAACUUUCUCCUCCAUUAUUUGAUGUCUGUCCUUUGAUCACUCAUCAGGGGUUUGAUAUAUGGUCCUCCUUGGACUGGCUACAAUUCUCUGAUAUUCAAGCUUUUCUUUGCUUUAUCUCUCUCUGUCACCUCCUUUCUGCAGUUCUCAAGAGAAAGCUUGAUCAGCCCAGUUUUACCUCAAGUCAAAAUCAAGAACAGUGAUGAUCUUACAGAGAAGAUGGUGGAAAGCACGUUAAAGAGGGGAUUAGAUUUCUAUUCAACGAUACAGGCGCAUGACGGGCACUGGCCAGGGGAUUAUGGUGGUCCUAUGUUUCUUCUACCAGGACUGAUAAUUACACUUUUCAUUACUGGAGCCCUGAAUACUGUAUUGUCGGAACAACAUAGACAAGAGAUGCGCCGUUAUCUCUAUAAUCACCAGAAUGAGGACGGAGGUUGGGGUCUACAUAUUGAAGGCCCCAGCACCAUGUUUGGGUCUGUCUUGAGCUAUGUUACUUUGAGGUUACUUGGAGAAGGACCUAACGAUGGAGAUGGAGCUAUGGAGAAAGGGCGAGACUGGAUACUAAACCAUGGUGGUGCUACCAAUAUCCCAUCUUGGGGGAAAAUGUGGCUAUCUGUACUCGGAGCUUUUGAAUGGUCUGGAAAUAACCCACUGCCACCUGAGAUAUGGCUUCUUCCGUAUUUCCUGCCAAUCCAUCCAGGAAGGAUGUGGUGUCAUUGUCGGAUGGUGUACUUGCCGAUGUCGUAUUUGUAUGGGAAAAGGUUUGUGGGUCCCAUAACGCCCACUGUUUUAUCACUGAGAAAGGAGCUUUUCACUGUACCAUAUCAUGAAAUCGACUGGAAUGAAGCACGUAACCUUUGUGCAACGGAGGAUUUGUACUACCCACACCCACUUCUGCAAGAUAUUCUUUGGGCAUCACUUCACAAGAUUGUUGAGCCUGUUCUAAUGCGAUGGCCGGGUGCAAAUUUGAGAGAAAAGGCUCUAAGAACCACACUAGAACAUAUUCAUUACGAAGAUGAGAAUACAAGGUACAUUUGCAUAGGACCCGUGAAUAAGGUAUUAAAUAUGCUUUGUUGUUGGGUAGAGGACCCAAACUCAGAGGCUUUCAAAUUGCACCUACCACGAAUCCAUGACUAUCUCUGGAUAGCUGACGAUGGAAUGAAGAUGCAGGGUUAUAACGGAAACCAGCUAUGGGAUACGGGUUUUGCUGUUCAAGCUAUCCUGGCAGCCAACCUUCUUGAAGAACAUGGGCCCGUUUUGAAAAAAGCACAUUCAUAUGUCAAGAAUUCUCAGGUGUUAGAGGAUUGCCCUGGAGAUCUGAGUUACUGGUAUCGCCACAUAUCUAAAGGGGCUUGGCCUUUCUCAACAGCAGAUCACGGUUGGCCUAUCUCCGAUUGCACCGCAGAAGGACUUAAAGCUGCUCUUUUGCUAUCCAAAGUUCCCAAGGAGAUUGUUGGUGAACCAGUAGAUACAAACCAGUUAUAUGAUGCUGUUAAUGUUAUCAUUUCAUUACAGAAUGCAGAUGGAGGCUUCGCAACAUAUGAGCUCACAAGGUCAUACCCUUGGUUGGAGCUAAUCAACCCAGCAGAAACCUUUGGCGAUAUUGUUAUCGAUUAUACUUAUGUGGAAUGUACGUCAGCUGCUAUCCAAGCUUUGAAAGAAUUUCGAAAGCUUUAUCCCGGUCAUCGGAAAAAGGAUGUAGAUGAGUGCAUUGAGAAGGCGGUUAAGUUCAUUGAAUCUAAUCAAGCAGCAGAUGGCUCAUGGUAUGGAUCCUGGAGUGUUUGCUUCACGUAUGGUACGUGGUUCGGAGUGAAAGCCCUGGCAGCUGUUGGAAAAACAUUGAAAAACUCUCCACAUGUUGCCAAAGCCUGUGAGUUUCUACUGUCGAAACAACAUCCUUCGGGCGGAUGGGGAGAAAGCUAUCUUUCAUGUCAAGACAAGGUAUAUUCAAACCUCGAAGGCAACAAGUCUCAUGUCGUGAAUACAGCAUGGGCUUUGCUAACGCUCAUUAGUGCUGGGCAAGCUGAGGUAGAUGGAAAGCCACUACACCGUGCUGCAAGAUACUUGAUUAAUGCUCAGAUGGAGAAUGGUGAUUUCCCACAACAGGAAUUAAUGGGAGUCUUCAACAGAAACUGCAUGAUAACAUACGCUGCGUAUCGAAACAUUUUCCCGAUAUGGGCGUUAGGGGAGUACCGUAGUAACGUAUUAUUGCAACAAGGAGAAUGAGUAGUAGCUAUUUCUCUAGGGUUUAUGGAUUAUUCUGUUGACGGAGUGAAAGAGAAAAAGGAGAUUUCUUCUCUGGUUUUAGUCAUUAUCAACAAAUCAAGUGGCUGAAGCACUGUAAUAAAAAAUCUUGAUAAUUCACGUAUAUUGAUGGAGCCUUGAUACAAGUGUACUCUGUUUCAUCUGCUUCUUCAUUUUGAGCAACAAUGGCAGCAAUAAUGAACGUUGACUUUCAAAACUGCUUCAUCUUUAUCCUCUUGUGCCUCUUCUCGAUCAUCUUUUACUCUCUCUUCCUCAAGAAACCAAAGGUUGUCUGUAAUCUGCCUCCGAGUCCUCCGUCUCUGCCCAUCAUUGGCCAUCUUCACCUUCUUCUCUCCAUCCUAAUCCACAAAUCUUUUCAGAAGCUCUCUUCCAAGUAUGGACCACUUCUUCAUCUCCGUAUCUUCAGUUUCUCCAUAGUCGUCGCCUCCUCAGCAUCAGUGGCAUAUGAGAUCCACAGGACUCACGACAGGAUCGUCUCAUCUCGUGGCCUCCCCCAGAUCGAGGAUUGCAUUAUCUUUGGAGCUUCAAGUUUCAUCAACGCUCCGUAUGGUGAUUACUGGAAAUUCAUGAAGAAACUCAUUGUCACUAACCUGCUCGGACCGCAAGCACUCGAGAGAUCACGGGGUGUCCGUGCAGAGGAGCUAGAGCGGUUUUACGCAAGCCUGCUCCAUAAGGCGAUGAAAAACGAGAGUGUUGAGAUCUUUGUGGAGGCUAUGAAGCUCAGUAACAACAGCAUUUACGAAAUGCUCAUGGGGAAGAGUUGCUCAGAGGAGAAAGGUGAGACAGAGAUAGUCAGGGGUUUGGUGACAGAGUUUGUUUCCUUGACGAAGAAGUUCUUCCUUGCAAACAUGUUGCUUAGGUUUCUCCAGAAGCAUGGUGUUUCUUUUUUCAAAAAGGAUAUAAUGUGUGCUUCUCAAAGAUUCGACGAGCUGCUAGAUAGUAUUCUUCAGGAACACGAAGAGAAUGUGGAUGAGCACCACGGUACGGAGAUCGUUAGGGUGUCUAUGAAAGCAAAUGCGGAGUAUAAGAUCACUAGGAGUCAUAUCAAGUCGCUUUUUGUGGAACUUUUCCUUGCAGGAACCGAGACCUCGGCGCAAACGAUACAGUGGACAAUGGCAGAGAUCAUUAGGAAUCCAAAGGUUCUUGAGAGAUUGAGAGAAGAAAUCGUUUCAGUAGUUGGGUUAACAAGGCUUAUUCAAGAAACUGAUUUACCGAACCUUCCUUACUUGCAAGCUGUGGUCAAGGAAGGGCUAAGACUGCACCCACCAUCGCCUCUCUCGGUAAGGACGUUCCAAGAAAAGUGUGAGAUCAAAGGGUUCUGCAUCCCGGAUAAGACACUUCUUGUUAUUAAUGCUUAUGCUGUGAUGAGAGAUCCUGACUCAUGGGAAGAUCCUCAUGAGUUUAAGCCACAGAGGUUUCUAGCUUCUUCAAGAUCAUGGCAAGAAGAUGAAAGAAGAGAGCAAUCUCUGAAGUACAUUCCUUUCGGGAGCGGAAGGAGAGGCUGUCCUGGAGCAAAUCUAGCUUCCAUCAUUGUAGAAACUGCCGUUGGAACAAUGGUGCAGGGGUUUGACUGGAGAAUCAAAGGAGGGGAGGUCAAAAUGGAAGAGACUAUCGGAGGAAUGAACCUAACCAUGGCUCAUCCCCUUGAAUGCACUCUGGUUGCUCGAACUCUAAACUCUUCAACUAAUAAUCUGCAGAUUCCCACCAGUUUCAAGUGAGCUACUUAGUUAACUAGACUUUCGGUUUUCAAGUUCGGUAAUUGAGGCAAAUCGUGGCAGAAGAUAGAGCAAUCCCUGUAACAAAACCUCCCACUGUAAACAAGUUUUUAAACGAGGAAAAGGAAGAGCGUCUUCCAUAUCUGCGAGAAAGCAUUCAAAAGACUCUAGUGAGGGACAUUGCUUACACUGUGAGUUAAUCUUGAAUUGUUCAGUUUACAGCUUGAGAAGAUGUGAAUAUUACCAAUGUUAUCACGAGUGUUAACUUUGAUCUGAGUUUAUAUUAUUAAAAUAACAAACAAGGUUCUUGCUGUCCAUUAUCUUUUUUUCAAGAACUAAACAAAGGGAUUCUUAAUUAUGUUUCAUCUUCGUCUUUCACUUCGGAGCAACAAUGGCAGCAAUGUUCAUCGUUGACUUUCGAAACUGUUUCAUCUUCAUCCUCCUCUGCCUCUUCUCAGUCCUCUGCUACUCUCUCUUCUUCAAGAAACCAAAGAACUCACGAGGCUGUGAUCUGCCUCCAAGCCCUCCGUCUCUUCCGAUCAUCGGUCAUCUUCACUUUCUUUUCUCUUCUCUUUCCCACAAAUCUCUUCAGAAACUGUCUACCAAAUAUGGACCUCUCCUCCAUAUCCGCAUCUUCAGUGUCCCCAUCAUCCUCGUCUCUUCUGCUUCAAUGGCCUACGAGAUCUUCAGGGCCCACGACGUGAACGUUUCUUCUCGCGGUGCUGCUGCGAUUGAUGAGUCCCUAGUGUUUGGAUCUUCCGGCUUCUUCACCGCUCCCUCUGGAGAUUAAUGGAAGUUCAUGAAAAAGCUUAUGGCCACUAAGCUGCUUCGACCACAAGCGUUGGAGCGGUCACGAGAUGUUCGUGUUGAAGAGGAUGAGCAUGUGAAGGAGUUUUUCAGAGGAGAACGGUGAGGCAGUGAGAGUCAGAGGCUUGGUGGAUGAAACGUAUGCCUUGGCGAAGAAGAUUUUCGUGGCGGCUAUACUGCGCAGACCGCUUGAGAAGCUUGGGAUCCCACUAUUCAAGAAGGAUAUAAUGAGAGUUUCUAACAGAUUCAGUGAGCUGCUAGAGAGGAUGCUUGUGGAACACAAAGAGAAGCUGCGCGAGGAGCAUCAAGGUAAGGAUAUGAUGGACGUAUUAUUGGCAGCUUGUGAAGACGAAGACGCAGAGUAUAAGAUCACUAGGAGUCAUAUCAAGUCGUUCUUCGUGGAGCUUUUCGUUGGAGGCACUGAUACCUCGGUGCAGACAACACAGUGGACAAUGGCUGAGAUCAUCAACAACCCUGACGUUCUUGAGAGACUAAGAGAAGAAAUCGAUUCCGUUGUAGGGAAAUCAAGGUUGAUUCAAGAAACGGAUAUACCAAAGCUUCCUUACUUGCAAGCGGUCAUCAAGGAAGGGCUAAGAUUGCACCCGCCUGGGCCUCUCUUGGUAAGGACGUUCCAAGAAAAGUGUGAGAUUAAAGGAUUCUACAUUUCGGAAAAGACAACUCUUGUUAUUAAUGCUUACGCUGUGAUGAGAGAUCCUGAUUCCUGGGAAGAUCCUAAUGAGUUUAAGCCAGAGAGGUUUCUAGCUUCUUCGAGAUUAGGACAAGAAGACGAGAGAGAGCAAGCACUCAAGUAUAUUCCUUUCAGGAGUGGAAGAAGAGGCUGUCCUGGAUCAAACCUGGCUUAUAUCUUUGUAGGAAUCGCAAUAGGAGUGAUGGUACAGUGUUUUGACUGGAGAAUCAAAGGAGAUAAGGUCAACAUGAAAAAGACUUUUAAAGAAAUGAAUCUAAGCAUGGUUCAUCCACUUAAGUGCACUCCAGUUCCACGAACCAAACCUUUUUCUAUUUCUAAUCUCGAGACUCCUGACACUCAACUCUGAAAAUAACAUGUAAGAAAUUCGCUUACAUUUGUUCUGUUCAUCUUCUUCAAAGAUUAUAAUAAUAAUAAUAAUGACGCUUGGAGGAAUGAACUUAA